AUUCACCCUUGCGGGUAUUAUGUAAUCUCUCACACUCACCCAGGUCCCAUAAAUAUGACAAAAGGCUCAAAAUAUAUAUGGAGAAGUAUGGAUACAUCCGAUGCAGAAUUCUGAAUUCCAGCCCCUCUACUAGUGGCCCUUCCCCUAUAAACCACAUUCUACCCGUGAAUUUGACAUCAAUUCAUGGUCAUAUGCAUUCCCCCUUAUUUUGGGCUAUAAAAUUCUGAUCUAGGCUGAUUGGUCAUUCUCCCAAAUAUAUAUCAAUACGAUUAUCGGCAACAAUUCUUCUUCCUCUAGUGUCAGCGAGAUGCUCAGCGUUGCUUCAUUUGGAUCUUUCGAUCGAUCCGUUCACACUCAUUUUACAUUGAUGGCGAUGAAUACAAAAUACAUAUUCUUCUCGUGUAUAAUGACCACAUUCAUGUUUUGAUGAAUUUGCCUUUUGUGUCCCUCCAUCAAUGGUUUGGUUGUUGUAAUGAAAACUUCAUUUCAGCUUUGAGGUGUGGAAUUGGGACCGACCAUUUUCGUGCAUUCACGUCAGCUGCGACGUAUACAGAGCUCAGACCCUUCAAUAAAUAGGAAUGAAACGUGUUCGAUGAAAUGCGCUAGCUAACCAUACCGAUUUGAGACCAGAAGCAGACUCCUUUUUGGGGGAGAGGACUAAAAUGGCAACUGAGAAAGUCGUACCCAACAGGCAGAUUUUGCUCAAGGACUACGUCAGCGGGUUCCCAAAGGAGACGGACAUGGUGCUGACAUCCACCACAACGAGUUCCAAGGUUCCACCAGGGUCUGGAGCUGUGCUUCUGAAGAAUAUCUACUUGUCCUGUGACCCUUACAUGCGAGGUCGCAUGUCAAAGCCCAUCUCUCAAAAUUACGCUGAUUCUUUCGUUCCUGGGUCGGUUAUAUAUGGUUAUGGUGUAGCUAAAGUGGUCGACUCAGAACACCCAGAUCUCAAGGCUGGUGACUUGGUUUGGGGGAUAACUGGAUGGGAAGAGUUCAGUUUGGUCUCCAAUCCGCGAAGAUUACUUAAAAUCAAACAUACUGAUGUGCCUCUUUCAUAUUACACUGGCAUCCUGGGUAUGCCAGGUCUUACAGCAUAUGUAGGAUUUCAUGAGAUAUGCUCUCCCAAGAAGGGGGAAACUGUCUAUGUGUCAGCAGCAUCAGGGGCUGUUGGGCAACUUGUUGGGCAGUUUGCAAAGUUGAUGGGUUGCUAUGUAGUUGGAAGUGCUGGUAGCAAAGAAAAGGUUGACCUCUUGAAGAAUAAGUUUGGGUUUGAUGAUGCUUUUAACUAUAAAGAGGAGCAUGAUCUAAAUGCAGCCCUGAAACGGUGUUUUCCGGAAGGCAUAGACAUUUACUUUGAGAAUGUGGGGGGACGCAUGCUUGAUGCUGUGCUUUUAAACAUGAAAGUCCAUGGUCGGAUUGCAGUUUGUGGAUUGAUAUCUCAGUACAACCUCCAUGAGCAGGAAGGUGUACAUAACUUAUUUUGCGUUAUCACGAAGCGCAUUCGAAUGCAAGGGUUUAUUGAGCCUGAUCACAAACACUUGUAUCCACAGUUCCUUGAGCUGGCUGUUCAGUAUAUAAGGGAAGGGAAGAUAGUCUACGUUGAAGAUAUUGCUGAAGGCCUGGAAAAUGCCCCCUCUGCUUUGAUUGGACUCUUCUCAGGUCGGAAUGUUGGAAAGCAAGUUGUUCGUAUUGCUCAUGAGUAGUGCACGAAAAUAGACUCACCUCUAAAUGGUUUUGAAUAAAUAUAGCAUUUAAGUGAUGUAUCAGCCAGUAGAACUCUACUGUUUCAAGUUGUGAACCAGGAUAUCUUGUGAGUGAAUAUGCUUGUAAUUUUGUAGUUAGUAAUGACGAUUGACGAACAGAGGUGAAUUUA